AUGAAUUCUAGGAGAUUAAUUCAUUUACUUUGGUGUUUCAAUCUGUAUGUAGCAUCUACAUUCAUUCAAGUUUCAACUGAAAAGAAUGUCUAUGAUUCAAAGAAAUGUGUGAAACCUCCUAACGGCAUAAGCUUUUUCGGAAGCCUUUCGGGAAGAGCUUCCGAUGGUCGUCUCAUCAUCGAUUUUAUCAGUGAAGAGUUGAAGCUACCAUAUCUAAGUGCAUAUUUGAACUCAGUUGGAUCAAAUUACAGACAUGGUGCAAACUUUGCAGUAGGAGGCGCGUCUAUUCGUCCUGGCGGUUAUAGUCCAAUCAACCUUGGUGUUCAAGUAUCUGAGUUUGUUUUGUUCAAAUCACACUCCAACAUUCUCUUCAAUCAACUCUCUAACAACAGGACAGAACCGCCUUUUAGAAGCGGUCUUCCGAGGAAUGAGGAUUUCUCUAAGGCUCUUUACACCUUUGAUAUUGGACAAAAUGAUAUUGCCAUCGGUUUGCAGCACACUUCUGAGGAACAGGUUAAAAGCUCAAUUCCUGAUAUCUUGAGUCAGUUCGCCCAAGCAGUGCAGGAUCUAUACAAUGAAGGUGCAAGGGUGUUUUGGAUUCACAAUACAGGUCCAAUUGGAUGCUUGCCCUAUGAUAUAAUCUAUUAUCAACACAAGAAUGGUAACUUGGAUGCAAAUGGCUGUGUUAAACCUCACAAUGAGAUUGCUCAGGAAUAUAACAGGAAGCUAAAAGACCAAGUGUUUCAGCUAAGGAGAAAGUUUCCAUUAGCCAAGUUUACAUAUGUUGAUGUUUACGCAGCCAAAUAUAAACUUAUCAGCAAUGCAAAAAGCCUAGGUUUUGUGAAUCCUAUGGAGUUUUGCUGUGGAAGCUACUACGGUUACCAUAUAAAUUGUGGGAAGAAGGCGAUAAUAAAUGGAACAGUUUAUGGAAAUCCAUGUAAUAAUCCUUGGCAACAUAUUAGUUGGGACGGUAUACAUUACUCCCAAGCAGCAAAUCAAUGGAUUGCUAAACAAAUUCUGUAUGGAUAUCUAUCUGAUCCGCCAGUUUCAGUCGCGAAGGCAUGUCGUACAUGA